AUGGAUGGUGAACAAGGGGGCAGAAAUGACAAGCCAGGAGGCUCUCCUCACCUGAGAUUUCUUUCAAACCCAUUGAUGGGGGAUGUGGUGUCUGACUGGUCUCCACUUCAUGAUGCUGCAAUCCAUGGACGGCUGCUGACCCUGAGGAACCUUAUCAGCCAGGGCUGGCCUGUAAACAUCAUCACAGCGGAUCACGUUUCUCCACUUCAUGAAGCCUGCCUCAGAGGUCAUCUGUCCUGCGCAAGUGUUUUAAUAAGUCAUGGAGCUCAGGUGAACGGCAUGACUAUAGACUGGCGAACUCCCUUGUUUAACGCUUGUAUCAGUGGCAGCCAGGACUGUGUCAAUCUGCUGCUACAGCAUGGAGCCGCUCCCCACCCUGAGAGUGACCUGGCCUCUCCCAUCCACGAGGCUGCUAAAAGAGGCCAUGUGAAGUGCAUCGAGUCCCUCGCAGCUCAUGGGGCCAAUAUCGACUAUAACAUCAGCCACCUCGGAACACCUCUGUAUAUGGCUUGUAAAAACCAGCAGGUAGCCUGUGCCAAGAAGCUCCUGGAGUCAGGAGCAUCUGUGAAUCAAGGCAAAGGCUUGGAUUCUCCUCUUCACGUAGUGGCCAGGAUGUCCAGUGGUGAGCUGGUACAUCUGCUCAUGGACUUCGGAGCAAAUGCUCAAGCCAAGAAUGCUGAUGGCAAACGUCCUGUGGACCUCGUGCCCCUGGAGAGUCCUUUGAUCCAGAUCUUCUUGCAGAGAGAAGGACCCCUGUCUUUGAUGCAACUAUGCCGCCUGAGAAUCCGGAAAUGCUUUGGCAUCAGGCAGCAUCAUAAGAUUACUGGACUCCUCCUCCCGGAAGACCUGAAGCGCUUCCUUCUACACCUUUAA